UGGGGAUGCGGGCGCUGCAUCGAGAUGUCGAGGUGUACAAGUUGUGUGAGUGGUUGAGUGGUUGAGUGGGUGGGAGCAUUUCGUGUCAUUCGACGAGGUCGGUCGAGUUGUUCGGCUUCCAUCGAACCAACAAGCCAUUGCCGGGGAUAAUGGAUAAUAUCCUUGGUACCUACAUAGGUAGCAAGCAGUCAGUUGCUCACGGUACCGUCCAGAUUCCUAAACUGCUGACCGACCUCCAUCCCAUUGCAAAGCACUCUUCGUCUUACGCAUCUUCCAGUGCGGUUGGCGCGCAGUCGACGAAUAUCCCCGGUGCCAGCAGCAGGGAUCUUGCCGUGUCAGGGUUCAGAGUCUCAUUGACUCCCGUGCAACCACACCAGGAAUGGCAAUCUCAGCCAUUAAACGACAAUGGCCAAAAGUACAGUGCAAUUCUGCCCAAGUAUACCCUCCACUUCCACCGGCGAUCCCACGGCCCGAUCCUGUCAUCGAGAUGCCAGUGUCAUUCACGCAUUGCUUCACUGGGACUGUUCAGAGGAAACCCUCUCGAUCUUGACACCCACCACAUCGAUUUCUUCCCUAUUUCACAUUUGGCCUGUCAUUCUUCUAGAGUUCAGGCCCAGGCGAGCCAAUACCAUCCAUCCAUCCUCGAUUUCCUGAAUCUUAGACACCGGUGUUUUGAACCUGCCGCCCAAAAUCCACCAUAAUCGUGCCAUGUCCCUUCUGCAAAUCCACCAUUAUCGUUCUCGUC